CGCUGCACUUCCAGCUUGACUCGGCUCGGAGCAGGCAGAGCGGGGCCAGCCCAGCCCUGCGAGGCCCGGCGUGCCAGCGGAAGCCAUGGCACUGGUGGUUCACAUCCUCGCCUGCCUCCUGGGCACCGGCUCGUGGGUGGCCAUCAACGGCAUGUGGGUAGAGCUGCCCCUCAUUGUGCCCCGGGUCCCAGAGGGCUGGUACCUGCCAUCCUACCUCACGGUGCUGAUCCAGUUCGCCAACGUGGGGCCGCUCUUUGUCACCCUCGUGCACCACUUCCACCCUGGGCGGCUCAGUGAGUCCGGCACCAUCUACACCAUCGUCAGCCUCGGGGCGCUGGCCUGUGUCCUGCUGGCCUUCUUCUGGCAGGCGACCAGCGUGGUGGGGGGCACAGCCCGCAGCACCGCCCUCCUCAUCCUCCUCUUCUUCCUCUCCCUGGUGGACUGCACCUCCUCCGUCACCUUCCUGCCCUUCAUGCUGCGCUUCCGGGCCCGGUACCUGACCACCUACUUCGUGGGCGAGGGGCUGAGCGGCCUGGUGCCCGGCCUUGUGGCCCUGGCCCAGGGCGUGGGGGUGGCCCGGUGCGUGAAUGGCAGCCUGGCAGGGAACGCCUCGGUCACGGGACUGCGGGCAGAGUACCAGCCGGCCAGGUUCUCCGUUCGCCUCUUCUUCCUCUUCCUCGGCGGCAUGAUGGGCCUGUGCCUCGCCGCCUUCGUCCUGCUCAACCACCUCCCGGCCGCCCGGCAGGAGCGGGCCAAGGAGCGGUUCCAGGCCCAGGCCCGGGUGGAGGCCAGCGCAGGCCUGCAGGCCGUGGUGGAGGAGCGGCCCAUGAUCAGCCCCACCGAGAGCCACCGGCUCAGCAGCUACUUCGGCACCGGCACGUACUCCUGGCCCCAGGUGGCCUACAUCUUCCUGGUGCUGGCCUGGGUCAACGCGCUGACCAACGCCGUGCUGCCUGCGGUGCAGUCCUACUCCUGCCUGCCCUACGGCCGCUCGGCCUACCACCUCUCGGCCACGCUGGCCGCCAUGGCCAACCCGCUGGCCUGCUUCUUCGGCAUGUUCCUGCCCAACAGGUGGGUGUCCUGGCUGGGGGGCACCCCAUAUCCUGGGCAGGCCUCUGGCCAGCGGAGCUGCCUUCCAAUGGCACCAGGAGCACCUCGGCUUGGCACCGGGAGGGGCAGCUGCAGGAUCUGCAUGUAA